AUGUUGUUAGGAGCAUUGACUUGUUCACGGGCAGGUCCCCGUGCCAUUGCGACAACCUUUCGUCCGUCUACGUUACACUCCAUUUCACAUACUCGUGCAGUGACCCAGUCUCAUGUGAACAGAUACUUUGGAACCACAAGUCGACGGGCUGCUGAAGAACUAGGCGAGAGGGCCACCAGCACGUCUGUUAAACUGACGUCUGUUCCAAAAGAACAAACCGCCAUGCUGUUUCUCGACAAUGUUUUUCCCUUGAGAAUGAAUGUGAUCGAUAUCCGACAAUUCUUCUUCCGUGAUACGCGUCGUUUUCUUGAAACCCGGACGAGCAAAGCUGUUCCCAGCAAGGAUUUACCUUUUGAUUUUGCCAUCAAGGAUAUUCAAGCGAGAACAAAAGAUGGGGGUGCUAUUGUGAAGUUCACCUUUCAGAGCACCGACGAGGAAUACAAAACAGCAGCCAAGGAGAUUGUUUCCCGGAUUUCCGAACAUCUGUCAAAACAAAAGAUAGUGGCGCCCUUCAAUUUGCAGCCGUUGCGUGCUUUCUUGGUCAAGGGGGAACCGUUCCUGGAAGAUAUUCUUUCCCGGUAUCCCACGCCUCGAUUACGCCUCGAGUUUCAAGGAGAACCUUGCAGUGUAGAGAAACUGUACAAGCAUCUACGACAAUAUGGCCGUGUCUAUGACAUUUCCCUGUAUCCAAAUCCGCACGUUGCCAAGGACCCGGCACGAUACGCUAUUGUACAAUUCACCCGUGUUCGAGCAGCCACAAGUGCCAAGAAUUGUCUCCACGGUCACAUCAUCCACAAUACAAGGCUCAAUAUCUUGUAUGAACGACAGCUGCGAACCAAUGUGGUGAAAGAAUGGCUUGUCAGUCAUCCGCGUAUUACGAUUCCAGUUAUUGCCGCUUUGAUAGCCGGUGUCACUUACGCUGUGUUUGAUCCUAUUCGUGUCUUUUUCAUUACAUCCAAAGUCACCCAACGUUUCAAUCCGGAAGAAUAUGCCCUGUAUCGCUGGGUCCGUACAGAAACGUGGGCCCGCUUAUUACCCACCGAUCGGACCACGGUCAACCGGCACGCUGUAUGGGCGGAUGAUAAGGAACAUAUGGAGAAAGUUAAAACAUGGCUUCGGGAAACACCAGAAUCAUUUAUUGUCGUCACCGGACCAAAGGGUAGUGGUAAAUCGGCCCUCAUAAAAGCAGCCAUUGAUGACCGACACAACAAACUCUUCAUCGAUUGUGAACAACUGGUGAGCACACGAAAUAAAUCGGAAAUGACGAAAUUACUGGCGAAACAAGUGGGCUAUUUCCCUAUAUUUACGUGGGUGGCUUCAACGAGCAGCUUAAUGGAAACGGUCGUGACGGCUGCCACGGGUCAAAAAACAGGGUUGUCUUCGUCCCCGGACUCACAAAUGAAAGGUAUCCUGGAAACCGUCGCCAUUGCAUUGCGUGACAUUGUACCCAAAGAGAAGGCGUCGAGACACAGUGAUCUCAAGAAACAAGAAAGUGUCCUGACGCGACUUCAGCAUUGGGUCUUGGAACAUGUGUCGAAGGAACAUCAUGAAAAAAAAGAAGAAAAUUACGAUGAGGAUGUGGAUGAUGUACGAGACGCUAUACCGAUUGUGGUGCUUGAGAAUUACAUGCACCGAGAAACAGGGAAAAAUGCUCAACUGUGGGAUGAAUUGGCGGAAUGGGCCUCGUUAUUGGUGGAAAAUGAAAUCGCUCACGUCGUGUUUGUCAGUUCCAAUGUAAGCAUUUCAAAGGUGCUUACCAAAGCUCUGCCAAACAAGACAUUCUCCAAUAUUGUCCUGUCAGAUGCACCACCCGAAGUAGCCAUAUCGUUUAUUUCAAAGCAGCUCGGUCUUGAAAAGGUGGACGAGAAUCUGCAUGAUAUCGUCGCUGCGUUAGGUGGACGCUUGACCGAACUUGAACUGUUGGUACAGAAAAUGAAAAUGAAUAUGGAUGCUCAAUCUGCUUUUGAUGAUAUUGUCCAACGAAAUGUGAUUGAAAUCCGAAAAUAUGGUUUUGGCGAAUCGGGUGUGGAUGACAACCGUAUGGAAUGGUCACCAAUUCAGUUUUGGGAUAUUGUGAAACGAUUAACAAAAGCGAAAAGUAUCAAUUACGAUGAACUGAAAUGGAGUGCUCUAUUUAAUGGCUCGGACAAAGCUCUGAAAGCAAUGGAACGAGCUGAGCUUAUCACCGUCAUGCAAACCGAUGGACGACCGAAUUCGAUUCGACCUGGGAAGCCGAUCUUUUACACGGUAUUCCAUCGCUUAGUGAUGGAUUCUGUAUUUGCUGCUUCCAUGGAAAUUGAAACGAACCAGCAACUCAAGAAGACGGCUGAAGACAGCAUCGCCAAAUUCGAGGAUACUAUCGAACAUCUUUCCAAGAUUUACAACGGUCGGCCACCGCAAGAGAUCGAUCAGCGCAUCAAAUUCUUGCUGCAGAAAGUGAAAACUACUCAAAAACAGUUGGAAGGAUAUGAGAAAGCUAUUGCCAAUGGCAAGGAGAUCAUUUCCAAAGCAUGGCAAGAUGAGUAG